AGCUGUUUAAAUCAGUUUAGCAGCACAAAACAGAUACUGAUGAGACUUAUUUUAUAUCGCUUAAAAGUGUUUCGUACUCCGGGAAAAUAAAUGCCUAUGUGUAAAAAUACUUUGCGUUUGAUUUCGGCGCGUACUACGAACGCGACGCGUACCAAUUAGGAGUAUAAGAAAGAUUCUUACUGAUCUCUCGAAAGUGUAUUGUAUUUUAUAACUUAAAAAUUCAAUACAAGGUUAUGAUAACCUGACUAGAGCUGCCAGUUUGUGAAAAUCCAAUCUUCGCAUAUUUAUAAAAAACGUCACACGCACACCCACACAUCCACAUGCAUUAGACAGCGCGCAAAAUUCGUUAAUCAAAACAUUGCGUCCAAUUAAAAAUUAAAACUUGAUUGGCAUGUAUGGCACAGCGCGCUGGAAGUGUUUAUGAAUUCAAGUGCUUAGCGCAGCCGCUCCGUCGCUGCACCGCCAUACGAACCUACACACACACAUCGCAUAUAUUCAUAUACUUAUACACAUGUAUGUAGCGCGCUACUCCAAGCUGCUUACCUGUAAAUAUUCAAAAAUCCGCUACUCACUGUCACAGUCGAGCGUUGGAGGUGCGCUCCCGCAGAAGCCGUUUUCGCAAGUGCAGAAACGUGAUUAAAAACUGAAAAUUUCACGCGCAUACAUAAGUACAUACAUACACACACGCAAAGCUGCGACACAUUCAUCAUUUACCGUUUGACGCCCUUGUGAGCCCAGCAAUGCGUUUAAGUGCGAUCUUUAGCGACGCCAUUUCGUCGACCAGCGUCACUGCGACAACAGUUUUGGCUGCCCUAUCGAUUUUAUCUGUGAGUAAUUUAUCCGCGGCACGUAGCGGCGGUCGUCAAUUUGCCGGCAGGUACUUCGAUAUUAACGAUGAUGUAACGGUGAAUGUCAAUGCGGAGAAUACCCGUCCCAUUAUCGGUAUCCUGACGCAGGAAGUGUCGAAUUUCGUGCGCCGCCAUUAUCCCGAUAAGGAGUACAACAGUUACAUUGCCGCUUCGUAUGUGAAAUUUAUUGAGGGCGCCGGCGGACGUGUGGUGCCGAUUUGGAUUGAUCGUGAAAAAGAGUAUUACGAGGAUAUCAUGUCCAAAAUAAAUGGUGUAUUAAUGCCGGGCGGUGCGACAUACUUCAACCAAUCUCAUGGCUAUGCCGACGCUGGCCACCACUUAUACGACAUCGCCAUCAAAAUGAACAAACGCGGCAUUUACAUGCCUAUUUGGGGUACUUGCUUAGGAUAUGAGUUGCUGGUCUAUUUGUCGGCCAACGCCACAGAUUUGCGCACCGAUUGUUCGUCGUCGGCACAAGCACUGCCAUUGGAGUUCGAAAAGGGUUACAAGGAGAGCAGACUCUUUGCUCCAGCUAGCGAUGAAGUGGUGCAGAUAUUUAGCACAUAUAAUGUCACAGCGAAUUUUCACAUAUUCUGCUUUACGAAGGAGACUUUUGCGGACCACGGCCUAAAUAAUACGUGGAAUGUGCUGAGCGUAAAUCACGACUGGAAUGGUGCGGAAUUCAUAUCGACCGUUGAACACGUCAAAUAUCCAUUUUAUGGCGUGCAAUUCCAUCCCGAGAAAGUACUUUACGAAUUCAUACCGAAUCGAAAUAUUACGCACACCUCACAAGCGGUUAUCGGCUCGCAAUAUUUCGCAGACUUCUUUGUGAAUGAGGCGCGCAAGAAUCGCAACAACUUCGCAAAUCGCACCGAGGAAAUCAAUGAACUCAUCUAUAAUUACCAACCGGAGUAUACGGGCGCUCUGGGUUCCGCUUUCGUACAACAGUAUUUGUUCGAAGCACGCGUUACCACCUCAACACGCAGUGCCGGCACAGCCUCUACUGCCGGCGCCAUACUAACGCAUUGUUUGCUGGCGCUAAUUACGCUUUUUAUUUUAGGCGCUUGGAGGCGUGUAUGACGUCAUAACAUCUAUCGCGCGUUUAGGCUAUUCGGCCAUGAGGGGCGACAUGCGUGAUGCUACUCACUCGCUUUAUAGCUUUAUAGAUUUAUUAUUACUGCUAUCAACUGCUCCCUAAAGUUCCUACAUAGAUUUUCAAAUAAAAGCAGCUUCAUGUGUGUGUGUAAAUCACACGCGCAAAUCAAUUAAAAGCAAAGAGGCAUUAGAGGACGAAAAUUCACUGCUGGGAUAAUUUAAUAAUAUUUUAUUAUUUAAUUUUUCACAUCUAAAAGUAAGCGUAACAUAAAAGAUUCUUACUAAGAGGUGUCUACUGCUUUAGCUAGUAAAUUACAUAAACACAAAUAUACACAAAAAAA